UGGCCAUAAAAUAUCUGUGACCUUCAAUCGAUGUUUUCGGGAGCAAUCGGAUGAAACCUAAGCCGGCAUCGACCGAUUUCACAGUCGUCUGUUCGUUGAAUUGCUUUUUGCGUAUUGCUACCCUUAGACACGAUGACAAAUAACGAGUUCAACAUCCCAUGAUCAGGAUGCUUUCGACGUUGUCUCUCACGCCGGGUGUAUAAAACCGAACAGGACCAAGAUUCUCCAGAGUGUCAGCGUCGUCUGAAACGACAACGUGGUUGCUUGUGACUUCCAAGUCUCGCUCUGUGGCCGAUUCCAAAUACCACGGUACUGUCUGGGCUCUUCAUCUUACUACUCACAAGAUGAAAUUUUACUACGUUACGUUUGUGGCAUUGGCAGUCGCCUACACGACGGCCAUUCCAACUAGGAAAUGCAAUCGAAAACAUCUUCUGGAAUCUAGACUUGAUGAGCCAGUCUACUACGUAUUCGAUCCCAAUCAAGAACAAUAUCCUUAUGGUGAUUCACCCGUUUAUCAACCGAGUCAUCCUGUUGACCUGGCCGAUGCUCAAAUCCAAGCCAGAGUUCCGCAGUCGCAGACUGCACCUACAACGACGUCAAUCUUCGGCAUCGGUUCUAUACCCACAUUCGGUACCCUUCCAUCGUUUACGUCACUUUUCCCCGUAUCGGGAACGAAAUGCACUACUAACUCCGGCGAUGAAGGAACCUGCCUUUCCCAGACUGAAUGUGACAACCAAGGCGGAAUAAAAGACGGCGAUUGUGGAACUGUUCUUUUCCGUUCUGCUGGCGUCUGCUGUUCAUUUAUGAUUAAAAAAUGCUCUGAAACUGCAAUCCGCAGUCCGUUGAUGUGGAUGACUCCAUCAAGAGCGUCGAGCAAGCAGUCUUGCACAUUGACGUUCCCAGCCAACCCUGGUAUCAGAGUCGCCGGAACAACAAUUGGUGGAGGAUUGACUUCCUCCAGCAACAGUAUUCGCAGCUGCCAAAUCAAGGUGGAAUUUGAAAAUUUUCGACUUGCUCCACCUAAUCCAAAUACGACCAUGUGCGACGAAGAUUAUUUCGCUGCAGUUGGUAGCACUACACCGAGCCAAAAACUGUGUGGCGAUUCAUUUACUGAUCAGCAUCUUUACCUGACAUUUAAUGAAGAACAAGACGAUAUCACACUAGGGUUUUUCUUGACUGAUGCAGCAAAUAAGGAUUGGAAGCUGAGGAUUACGAGAAUUCCUUGCUCAUCUCAAGAUCUUGCUCCCGCCAACUGCCUACAGUAUUUAACUAAAACGGCGGGAUCAAUUGAAUCGUUCAACUUUAAGCAGGAAUAUGGAGGUUCUGUACGCCAACUUGCUGACCAGAAUUACAACAUUUGCUUCAAAAGACCUUCGGGUUAUUGUGGAGUUUGCUUCGCACCUUGCCAAACGUUUAAGAAUGUUCCAGGUUUUCUUUUAACCAAAUCAGCUGAGAACGCGACCAGUGCAACCAGUGGUUCCAAUUGCCCUGAUCAGCUAAUUAUUCCGGGUGGUACAAACGGCGGAAAUGUCCGCGAAUCUGUUUAUUGUGGAGCUGCACUCAACCCGGCGAAAAAUGCGACUAGCGACGCUCCAAUUUGCACUACAUCUGAUCGAAUAACUUACAUAACCGACUCCAAGGAGGCAAAAGACGAAGUCAACAAUGUUGGAUUUUGUUUGACCUAUACUCAAAAGAAGUGUUAAAUUUGUUGGAAGAAUCUGUUUGCAACUGUGCGUUUUGUUGCUGUUAUUUAGUUUCAUUAUUUAAUAAUCAAACAUUUGUGUUUGCAUUUGCAUUUCAUAACUACACAAUUUCUUUAAGGACGCCGAAAUUUCUGUCGCUAGAAAUUGUUCGUUCAAAGGUUCAAAACGCUAUACGUAUGUAUCCAUCUAGUUUCUCUUAUGACUUUCUUUUGUGAAAGGCGAACAGACAUGCAAUAACUGUAGCUACUAGAAAAAUGAAAAAAAAAUAAUAAUAAAUUAAAUCUUCAGAGCAAAA